AUGUCCAAGUACGACCUGAGAUUGCUUCUUCACGUGGAUCAAUUUCUUGAGAUUCGUUCUCCGAUUCCCCUUUCGGGAAUCCUCUCAACGUACCCGAAGCUGGUGCAAGUAGUCGAUAAGGGCAAGGAUGUACUGGUUGUCCAAGGCUUCACAACUGUCGACGAAAACGGCAAUGAGAUCUUCUACAACGAAACGACAGUACUUGUCCGCAAGGGCGGUGGUUUCGGUGGAGACGCUCAGCUCCGUGAUCGAGGCCCAGCUACGGCUAAAAACGCACCUCCCCCCAGAGCACCAGACUACGUGGUGGAAGAAAAGACGUCAGAGGGUCAAGCUGCAUUGUACCGACUCAAUGGUGACCUGAACCCUCUUCACAUUGAUCCAGACUUCAGCGCAAAAGGAGGCUUCCCAACGCCUAUUUUGCACGGCUUAUGUUCGCUUGGUGUGGCCGGAAAGCACUUGUUCCAGAAAUACGGUUCUUUCAAGAACCUCAAGGGCAAGUUCACCAGCCCUGUCCUCCCGGGUCAGACACUCAGGACUGAGAUGUGGUUGGAAAACGGCAAGGUAAUUUUCCAAGUUGUUGUCCUUGAGACGGGAAAGAAUGCUAUCAGUGGUGGUGCUGUUACACUUGAUCGGGCCAUCGCGGCCCGUUUGUAA